AUGCUAUCCAACACCACCAUCUCUCGACCUCGACCUCCUGCCCAGGUUCGGCGCUCGUCACGAACAUUACCGCAAGGUGCUUCGCCUCCACCACCAUAUGCGUCGUCGUUGCAUCACAAGGAAGGCGAAUCGUCGCUUCAUAACUACCUCGGCUCUCCGCUAUCCGCUACCCUACAAAUGGUCGGUAGAACCCAGUCCCAGCCCUCGUCUCCCCAACAGGAUGACUGGCUUCACGAGAAAUCCCGAGAAGAGCUUGCUGAGUUGCUACACAAGGCGGAUGAUCUUAUUCGAGAACGGGAGACUGAACUCGGGGCAACUUCGGCCGUUUGCAAGUCGCUCUACGAAAGCAACGUGUCCCUCAAGACGAAACAUGAUGCUCUUAUUGCCCGCUUUCCUUCCUCCUCUCCCAAUGAAUCUCCAGAUCAGGCAUAUGACUCUCUGGUUGAUGAUUCGGAUGACACAAACCAUGAUACCCAGCAAGAAAGUCCGUCUCCACAUGGCUACUUCAGGCGCUCUCGUCGAAUCUCAAUUCACCCCUCCGACAUUUCACAACUCGCAGACCAAAAUGCUGAGCUUCUUCAGAAGCUACAAACGUUAGAGGAGGAGGCCCAGGUCACAGACCGACAAGGGCGGCGUGCUCUGAAGCAGUUAGAGAAGGAACUUUCCCUCCUCCGUGACGAGUUGGAGAAAACUCAGGCACGAAGUGAGCAACUCGAAAAACAGGCCCAGGUUGGCCCAGAGAAGAUUGUCGAGGAGCUUUGGCGGAAGAAGAAAGAGCGAGAGGCCAAAUUCCGCGCGAUGAGGAAUAACAACACACCCGCCCGCGCUCCAUGGCCAUUUGACGACUCCGAAGUCCGUGAUUUCGCUCCGCCGGGUCCUUUCUCGAAAGAUGGACUCUCACCUUCAAAGAGUACUGAUUUUGAUGCGUCUUAUGGUCCGGAGCACUCCUUUGAACAUCCAAACCAGGCUGCGGUCGUUUCGCAACUGUUGGCGAAGAUCAAGGAGUUGGAAGAGACUAAUACCCGGAUUAUCCAACAACAAACGGAGACCGCGGAUAAACUCCAAGCAGUUCAGCGCGAAACAGAGACCAUCAGCAAAGUUUACGAGUGCUUCAGCCCCGAGCAUGGUAUCCAGUGGGAAGUUGUGACUGAAGAUGGGAGGAAGUCGCCCAUUGACGGAACUAUUCGCUUCCGUAGCUUCCGGCGGUCUCUCGAGUCUUCGCAAUCAUCGUCUCACCACGACGAUUCGAGUUUGAUGCUUCCUCGCCAAGGUCCGCGGCGCAAGUCUGUGCUUGACUUGUUUGACGAUGGAACAGCUCCAGGAUUUGGAAGACCCUCAACUCCUCAUCCGGAUACUUUGUCCUCGAUUGCUGAGCUAUCCCCUUUGCAUUUCAACUCACCUGGCUCUGAGCCGGUACGGCCACGGCAAACACUGCAAGCCGAACUCGGUGGAGAGUUCAUGGGUGUUCCUCUCUCGCGUCAAGGCAGUAUUUAUGACCUCUCAUUCGAUAUUUCUCCUUCGCCCUCCCCAGGACCGGGUACCCGUCCCCUUCCUGAUGAUUUCUCUAUGCGAGCCCAAAGCACACCCGCCAUUAACGCUCUACGAUUGAGUGUCGAACCCCCAACCCCACCGGUAGACCUGAAUGCGCUCUCCACUGGCGGGUCUUUGCGCGAGAAGAACAAACAACGUCAUGAACGCAUGUCGCAAACUUUGUUCAUGCGGACAGGCCGCUGGCAAGAUGGUCGAUUCUCCUCCAUAUCUUCCGCCUCCUCGCUGGUGGACGAGUCAACACCUAGGCGUGAUGUGGUCUCUCUCCCCAAACGUCUGUCAAGUGCGUUUGAUGUCGUAAUGGAGAACUUUGGGGUUUCUGGGCCAGACGAAGAGGAAAGGCAAGUGGUUGCCGCCCCUUCCCAGCACAAAGCAGAGUCGUCCAUCGUGUCUGUUGUGUUUGAUGAAGGUGGACAGCGGAAGCGUGCCUUUGUGGCGUUUAUCUUAGAGGCCUGGCUGUGGCUGCAGUUUGCCGUGGUGAUUGUUGUUUUCUUGUGGGCUAUGGCGAAGCGGGGGCCCAAGUCGGUUUUGGGAGAAGCAGAUCGGAGAGCAGUCGUUAAACGCGCAAACUGA